GCUUCAUUCCACUCUUCAAAGUUCUGAAUUGCCAUUCAUAUCGUCCUAUAAAUAUCCAAAGUGCAAGGAAUAAUUAUUCACAACAUACCAAACUCAAAACCCUAAUACCACCAUCACAAACAUGGCACAAAACUCUCACACCAUGUUAUCUCUUACACUUCUCUUCCUCACUUUUUUUGGAACUUCCCAUGCUCAUGCCGGGGGCAUAGCAAUUUAUUGGGGCCAAAACGGCAACGAGGGAACUCUAUCUGAAGCAUGUGCAACCAAAAAAUACACACAUGUUAACAUAGCAUUUCUCAAUAAAUUCGGUAACGGUCAAACCCCUGAAAUGAAUCUCGCAGGUCACUGCAACCCAUCGACAAAUUCAUGCACGAAAUUCAGUUCAGAAAUAAAAGAUUGCCAAAGUAAAGGAAUCAAAGUUUUACUUUCUAUUGGUGGUGGAAUUGGAAGCUACUCUUUAGCUUCAAUUGAGGAUGCAAAAAAUGUUUCAACAUUUUUAUAUAACACUUUCUUGGGUGGCAAGUCAUCUUCAAGACCAUUAGGUGAUGCUAUUUUAGAUGGAAUAGAUUUUGAUAUUGAACUUGGUUCCACACAAAAUUGGCAAUACCUUGCACGUUUUCUUAAAGGGUAUAGUAGAUUUGGCAAAAAAGUGUAUCUUGGUGCUGCUCCUCAAUGUCCAAUUCCUGAUAAAUUUUUGGGUAGUGCCCUUAAUACAGGACUAUUUGACUUUGUUUGGGUUCAAUUUUAUAAUAACCCUCCUUGUCAAUAUAAUGGGAACAUAACUAACCUUGUGAAUUCUUGGAAUAAAUGGACAACAAAUAUUCCAGCUAGGAAAAUAUUUUUGGGGUUGCCGGCGGCUACGGAGGCUGCCGGAAGUGGUUUUAUUCCGGCGAAUGUGUUGACUUCUGAAAUUUUACCUAUAAUUAAAAAGUCAAGAAAGUAUGGAGGAGUAAUGCUUUGGUCCAGAUUCUAUGAUGUGCAAAAUGGAUAUAGCACUUCUAUUAUUGGAAGCGUGUGAAGAGCUGUUGCUAUUGGUCAAUGAUUUAGUGUCAUAUUCAAGUGGUUGUUUUAAAUUAAUAAUAAUCUAGAAAAAUCAUUAUAUUGUACUACGAGAAUUGUAGUAGUGUUUGUUGAUUUUUAUCUCCAAAUGUGCAAAUGGAGUAUCCACUCUUGACUUUAAAAUAUAAAAUACUACUCGAUUUUCAUUUUGUA